CCCUGAAGUCAACCUUACCUUCUCCAAAACUACUGGUUUCCUUGUUCGGUUUCCACUCAAAAAGUAGCUGUGGAAUUAGAAAAAGGUCCAACAAAAUACCCUUGUAAUAUAUUUUAGGUACUAUUGGUUUUGAAAAAAAAAAAAACCCCCUUAUAUUUGAGCUCAUCAGUGAUCCCCAGCCGUCAAACGUCAGCGCGCAGGUGACCGUGCCACCACCGGAGACCCUUCUCCUGUGCGAGCGCCGUCGCGACAGCCAAGCUCCUCCACGUGUUGCUCUCUGCCAAAGCUGAUAUGGCAGCGGUAGCAGAAGCAGCAUCGUUGUCAUUUGCAGCAUCAAGGCUGGUUCCUCGCUGCCAAGUGAAAGCUAGCCAGUUGAGUCAAGAUUCCGCUCCCAUUUUAAGCCUUCAGAGUCGGAGUUGGACACAAAGGCCUCAAUUAUCCUUUUCGUCAUCGUCUUCUUCCUGGCCAGGUGCAUCAAUAGAGAGCAAUGACCAUUGUUCCUCUUUUGCACGCACCAAUGCUAUUCGCCAUCUCGUUGGUUCCCUCACCACUACACACGGCCUUCGUUUUGCCGUGGUUGUGGCCAGAUUUAAUGAGAUUGUCACAAAGCCUCUGCUAGAGGGAGCUUUGGCCACUUUCAAGGCCUAUAAUGUUGCAGAAGAGGAUGUUGAUGUUGUAUGGGUUCCUGGUAGUUUCGAAAUUGGUGUAGUUGCAACAAAACUGGGAAAGUCAGGAAGAUAUAAUGCAAUUUUAUGUAUCGGCGCAGUGAUAAGAGGAGAUACAACCCACUAUGAUGCUGUUGCUAAUUCUGCAGCAUCUGGAGUGCUUUCCGCCAGUCUAAAUUCAGGAGUACCAUGUGUAUUUGGUGUUCUGACUUGCGAAGACAUGGAACAGGCUUUAAACCGAGCUGGUGGAAAAUCUGGAAACAAAGGAUCUGAGGCUGCUUUGACAGCUAUUGAGAUGGCAUCUUUGUUCGAGCACCACCUGAAGUAGUAGCGACAUUACUAAACCAGUGGAAAGUAAUCAUGGUUGCCGAUGAGUUGAUUUGUUCUCUUUCGCUAGGUUUUUCUGGUCGACUGACUCUUCUUGUUGUUUUCCUUUUUUAAGUUUUCACCUCAAGUAUAAGUAUACAUUGAAGAAGGUUAUUUGAAACUACUGCUUUUUCCAGAGGAUGCAAAAGAUAAGCGGAAAAAUAAUAAAGAAAGUAGGUUGGAUUUUGGCGGAUCAAGAUUCUCUUUUGUUUUGCUUAGGAUAACCUCGAGCUUUGAAUUAUUUUGAUUUUCCUUUUUAUUCUUCUUCUUCUUCUUCUUCAUUGCUCUUAGUCUUAGGGGGUACAUCUUGUCCUUUCCCCUUCCGCAAGUGAUUUGUCGGUGAGAGAUAUUAGAAUUAUGUUAAAUUUCUUGACAUUAUAUAAGAGUAUGGAAUUUUUUAUGGUUUUAGUUUUUGUUAUGAAAGCACGCUUGAUGACUUGUUUGUGGCCUCAAUUGUGUUUUCCUUGCAGUAAUAAUAAUAAUAAU